AUGGUGUUUCAUUUGGCAGAGUAUGCCUUCCACAUGGUUGGCGUUGCUCUGGUUGUCGCUGUAUUCUAUUCUACCUAUUCCGUGUUAACCAAUCCCAUUUCCAAGGUGCCGGGUCCUUGGUAUUCGAAAUGGACCGACCUUGUCGCCAGGUACCACUAUUUCACGGGACAGAAAGUCUUUUACGUCCACGGCUUGCACAAGAGAUAUGGCCCAUAUGUUCGUGUUGGUCCUAAAGAGGUCGCUGUAGCAGAUCUCGACGCAUUGAAAACCAUAUACAGCACCAAGGAGACGUUCUUAAAAACCCCCUUCUAUCGGCACUUGACAGCGCAACCUGUUGCGAGUGUAUUUAGCACAACGGAUGUUGACGACCAUCGAAGAAUCAGAAGACUGAUGGCUGCACAAAUGUCAGAAUCGUCGUUGAAGUGGCUCAUUCCAACUGUAACAUCUCGUGUAGAGCUAGCCAUACAGCGAAUGAAGGAAGAAUUGCAAACCCGCGACCUAGUGGAUGUCUUCAAAUGGGGUCUUUUCAUGUCAACAGACGUCAUUGGCGAGCUUGCUUUUGGCGAGUCGUUCCGCAUGUUGGAGAACGGGGAGAAAAAUCAGUACAUUCGUGAUCUGGAGGGGCUUUCCUCGGUCGGUGCCGUUCGAGUUAGCUUCCCAACCUUGAUUGCUUUGGCUCAAAAGUAUCCUCUGCCCGUCUUUAAGAAGACUAUGCAACAAGCCCGCCGCAUGAUCGACUACUCCAUUCAGUCUCUCGAGAGAUAUAAGACUUAUGUCGAAGCCAACCCGGAAAUGGCGCAGCAGACUUUUUUCACAAAGAUGUUCAAAGCCAACGAGGACGAGAAGGUUUCGUUCUCAGAGAUUGUAAUCAACGCUCAGUCAUUUAUCAUCGCUGGUAGUGAUACGACUGCACAUUCCCUUACUUAUCUAAUCUGGUCCAUUUGCCGGCGGCCGGAGCUUCGAGAUGUUCUCGUAACGGAGGUACAAACCCUGCCAGAGGGUUUCACUGAGCAUGACCUCCGUGGCCUACCCUUCUUGAACCAAUGCAUCGAGGAGACACUGCGUCUCUACUCUGCGGCUCCGGCAGCACUUCCCCGAGCUGUUCCGCCGUGCGGAGCUGAUCUGGGCGGUUACUGGUUUCCUGGUGGUACUUCCGUGGCGACUCAGGCGUAUACCAUGCAUCGAGAUCCUGAUAUUUUCCCGAACCCUGACAAGUUUGAUCCCUAUCGAUGGGCUGCGCCGACAAAACAAAUGAAAGAGGCUUUCAUGCCAUUCGGUCGUGGGCCGAGAAUUUGCAUUGGACUGCAUCUGGCUUAUAUCGAGCUGAGGCUAGCUACCGCGCGAUUUUUCCAGGAGUUCCCAACCGCAUAUGUAUCGAAGCGUGAGGGGAUGUCGGAUGAAGAUAUGGCUGAGACGAUUUACUUUUUGAUGAGCCCGAAAGGAAAGCGAUGCCUGAUUGAAGCAUAA